AUGACCCCGGAAGUGUUGGAUGGAGUCAUUAGGGUCCAAGCCUGCCGUCAACCAAACGGAUUUCCCCGCAUGGAUUUGUGGGUCGAAGCCCGCGUUGCGGCCGGUAUUAAAACGGGCAUGUACCUGACAGCGCAGCAGCGCCGACGGGGAACGUUGACAAACUACAAGUUCCCGAUGUACAAGCUUGCUUUCAUGUGGCGUCCGAACGCCCAAACCAGUCACUGGAGAUUAGACGUGUGGAAGUCCUGGAGAGACCGCUCCGUCGAAAAACCUCCGAUGCGCACUUUCGUUAGACCGCCCCCACAACAGGGAUUGGCGACCUUAAACGUCAACGGAAUGGGUGCUAAGCAGCCAGAAUUGGAGAACUUCCUCCGAUGGGCGGACAUUGGGAUCCUGGCCAUACAGGAAACCCUUAUUGGCCGAAAGAAAUACAGAUUUCACCUUCCAGGGUACGAAAUCUACACCCGCCCAGCGGGUAGCGGUUUCCGAGGCCAGGCCUUGCUCGUUAGCCACGCUUACCCUUCUUAUGAAGUGAGCCGAAGCGUCGAUCAGAGUUUCAUCCACAUUCGGGUGGCAAAGCUAAGGGGAAAAUCCCCCUGGCAUGUCAUCUCGGUAUAUCUUCCCUCAGGCGGGAAUUACCGUAGUGAACGAACCCAACGCUUGACCCAGGUGUUGAACGAGUACAGAGCGAUUAUGGCAAAAGACCCCCAAGCGGUGGUUAUUAUAAUGGGAGAUUUUAAUAUGAAGAGAGAGAAGUUGAUUAAGGGCAUUAAGACGGAAAGGACGGGACUCGUAUGCCUCCCCAUAGCUGGGUGUGGGCUUACUUUUCACAGAAAAGGCUCGAAGUGGACGGACGUAGAUAGUAUUCUCGUCAGCCCCGCUUGCCGCGCGUAUAUGCGCCCGGCAAAAGUUGUCCGCAAC